AUGGAGGUUUACGUGCGUAUGAAUGAAGAUGUCGAAAACGACUAUGCUUUUACUGUGAAGCCAGAUGACACGGUAAGCUCUAGGUUUGCGAAGAUCUUUGAUCCAAAAGAAGGGCUUACAAAAUAUAUGGUACUCAGACCAUCUAUUUUCUAUAAGAAUGUGCCUAUAGGGUUCAGGAAGUCCAAUCAUCCCGGUUUCUUGACGGAGAAUGGGUGUCUACUCUUUGAUUACGAUGCCGAUAAUAAAAAGUAUUUAGAGGAUUUGAAGGACUCUGAAAAGAGUGUUUGGGAGCAAUUGUGGCCCGGCCAGUUGGUUCUUCCUAAGUGGGAGAAGGAUUGGAAUACCAUCUUCACAUAUCUAGCAGUAAUGCUAGUGUGGUUGUACACCGAUUUGCCAGAUUGCGUUUCUCCAACACCUGGUAUCUGUUUGACAAACCAACUUUCCAAGAAUUUUGCGAUCCUGGCUGAUAAAUUGGGGUUCUACGAGCUUGCUGGGAAAUUGAGAGAUGAGAUCCGCGUGAACCAAGCCAGUGUUACCACACAAUGGCUGUUUUUCGUCAUGCAUAUCUUUAAGCUUUUAGUAAUCACCGCAGUUUUCUACUCUGGUUUGGUUAAUCCGCUUUCUUUCAACCCAUGGAGAACCUUUAUGGUUAGCAAGACCGAGAUUUCCGGAAACAACGUGGAGUUGAAGACCACUUUGAAAAACAUCGGCUGGGUUGGUGCUAGAAGAGCCAUUUAUGAUGAUUACAGAGACACUUACUACAAGUACAGAAUCGAAAAGGCCGGUGGGGCAGUAUUGGCUUACAAGUCAGGUGUUAUGAAAAUCGCUUCAAAGCCAGGUGUCAAGCUAUCCGCUGGUGAAGGUUUCCAAACUGAUUUAGAAAACAGAUUCAACAAGAACACUUUUGAAACGAUGAAGACUGCAGGAAAAUUCAUAUUGAGCGAGGACUACUUUUUACAAUUAGAACAUGAUCUAAAGGAAAAUAUCAAGAAGUGCAAUGGCGAUAUCGCUGAAAUCAACAACGAAAUCAGGAGGUUCAGAAAGUACGGUCUCUUUGAAUGUGGCCCUGAAUUAUCUGAAUUAGUUGCAUUGAGAAGAAAAGUGGAAGAGACUCCUGCACCAGAACCAUUACCUGAGCAGGAAAAGAAAGAACAAUGA